AUGAAGUUCUCCAUCGUCCUCGCUGUUGCCGCACUCUCGGCCGAGACCUUUGCGUGUGCCAACAUUGGGCAAGUCUGCCAGAAAGGCGACCCAGAUGUAUGCCAGUGCGAUGCGCCGCUUACCCUGUCCUGCCGAGGUGAUCUUGCCACUCGUCCUGGAGGCGCUCGCCGCUUUCACUACCAGCUUGGCGACAUUUGUCCCCUACUCAAACGAAAUGGACGGUGCGUCAAUGGGAAGUGUGUUCCGGGCCCGCGUCUGACGGCGGUUACCCCUACGCCUACUCCUGAGUAG